AUGAUAGUGACCCGACACCAGCACAUAGAGCUGAAUUCAGUCGAGUGUCUGCAGAGCUCAUUAUCACGGCGAAGAUGGAGGAAGAAUUUUUGGAGGCAAAAGGAGGCGAUUAGAUGGGCUGUUGAUGGAGAAAGGAACUCCAAAUUCUUUCAUGGCUGGGUCAGACAGAAGAGAGUUAAGUCGAGAAUACACACGGUCGAGUUUGGGGGGCAGGCACUGACAGAGGAGACAGAGAUCAGGGAGUCAGUGGCAACCUACUUUCAGCAGCUUCUGACAUCGGACGUUGGGGACCUUGCAGAGUCUGACUUAUCUCUCAUCCAAACACUUCCAGAUUCAGUUGACCAGGAUGCCCUGUGUGCGCCACCGCAGGAGAAGGAGGUUAGGGAUGCAGUUUUUGGGACCAGUGGUGAUAGUGUGCCCGGGCCGGAUAGGUUCACUUCUUCAUUUUUUCAGCACCGCUGGGACACCGUGGGGAGGGAUGUGAUUGCGGUUGUGGCAGACUUUUUCAGUGGGGCGUUUAUGCCCCAAAGCUUCACGUCUACCAUGAUCGUCCUCAUUCCGAAGAAGCCUAACCCGGUCACGUGGGGGGAUUAUAGACCGAUCAGCCUCUGCAAUGUUACGAGCAAGAUCAUCACAAAGAUCAUUGCUUCAAGACUUGCGCCUUUACUUCCCCUUGUCAUUGCACCGAAUCAGAGUGGGUUCAUCAAGGGCCGCCUGCUUAGUGACAAUGCUCUUCUGGCCCAAGAGUUGAUACAUGAUCUGGGGAAGGAGCUUUCGAGUAGAGGGAGAUCGCCCAAUCUGGCACUCAAGCUGGAUAUGGCAAAGGCGUAUGAUAGAGUCCAGUGGUCGUUUUUGCUCAAGGUCUUAGAAACGAUGGGAUUCUCAACAGCUUGGAAGGUGAAUAAUGGGAAUACACAUUUCUUUUUGGCGACUGAGCACAUGGAGUUUGCUAGCAUUGUUGAGGAGGUUGGAGGCUUUCAGAGAGGGGUGUUGCCUUUCACAUACCUUGGGGUCCCGAUCUUCAGAGGAGCAAUGAAGGCAGAUCAUCUUUUGCCCCUCAGGCAGAAGCUCAUGGACAUAAUCCACAGUUGGUCCCAUCGACACCUUGCUUUUGGGAGUCGGCUUGCUUUGAUUAAGAGCACCCUCGCCGCCAUCCCGCUUCACAUCUUACAAGUCAUGAAUCCUCUGCUUGGCUUUCUGGACGAGUUGGAACAAACUCUGGCUAGAUAUUUUUGGGGUACAGUUGGAGAAAAGAGGAAGCUACACUGGAUUUCAUGGAGACAGAUUUGCUUGCCUUUUGAUGAGGGUGGCUUGGGUAUUCGCCACUUGAGGGAAGUGUCAGUGGCUUUUGGGUUCAAGCUGUGGUGGAGACUGCUAGCUCAGGAUUCUCUUUGGGCCAAGUUCAUGAAUUAG